AUGCUAUCCACACUGGCCAGCACGUUAAGAAAAUCACCUCAGUGGGCAUUAUUGACUUUGCAGCGAGCUUUUUGCAAGUAUAAAACCCCUCAACGCCUAGCAAUAGGUUGGGUGGAUGUAGUUCAAAUCGAAGCAGCUGGCAAGAGGCAAAGCGAAGCACUUGGGCAUCUCUACAAGGCGAAGUUGAAGGGAAAUUCUAGCGUUGACAAUAGUCUUUUUCAGGCAAUUCAGCAUGUAGAUAUAUCCAAGUUUCAUCCUCAAGAUGGAUUAAAAGAGAAAGAUAGAAUAGAGAGUCUGCCGGGACAACCAAAAGUGAAGUUUUCGCAAUAUGGUGGUUAUGUUAGUGUUGAUAAAUCUACCGGACGAGCACUCUAUUAUUACUUUGUUGAGGCUCAACAUUCUAAGGAGUCUUUGCCUCUUCUUCUCUGGCUCAAUGGAGGCCCUGGCUGUUCAUCUUUAGCAUAUGGUGCAAUGCAAGAACUUGGACCAUUUCGAGUAUAUAGUGAUGGCAAAGCACUUUAUAAAAAUAGAAAUUCAUGGAAUUAUGCUGCAAAUGUUUUGUUUAUUGAAUCUCCUGCGGGAGUGGGGUUUUCGUACUCAAACACAACAUCAGAUUACAAGAAAAGUGGAGAUAAAAGAACAGCUGAAGAUAAUUAUGUGUUCUUGGUGAAUUGGCUAGAGAGAUUUCCUGAAUACAAAGAUAGAGAAUUUUACAUAUCAGGCGAAAGCUAUGCGGGGCAUUAUGUGCCUCAGCUUGCACACACUAUUCUUUACCAAAACAAGAAGGCUAAGAAGACUAUUAUCAAUCUGAAAGGAAUUCUAAUUGGGAAUGCAGUGAUCAAUGACGAAACUGAUACAAUGGGGAUGUAUGACUAUUUAGGAAACCAUGCUAUAAUUUCAGAUGAGGUGGCUCGUAAAGUUCGAACAUAUUGCAAUUUCUCACCCAAUGCAACAUCUCAGUCUGAUGAGUGCAACGAAGCAGUAGAUGAAGUAAGCAAGGAUGCUGGUCGUGUCAAUAUAUACAACAUCUAUGCUCCAUUGUGCUUUCACGAAAAUACCACAGCAAAGCCCAAGAAACCUUCUUUGGUGGAUUUUGAUCCAUGUUCUGAUUAUUAUGUGUAUGCUUAUCUGAAUCGACCUGAUGUCCAAGAAGCCAUGCAUGCCAAUGUCACCAAACUCACUCAUGAUUGGGAACCUUGUAGUGAUAUCUUACCAAGUUGGUCAGAUAGCCCUUCAACAGUGAUUCCGCUAUUGCAAGAGUUCAUGGCUAACGGUCUUCGAGUGUGGAUAUUUAGUGGUGAUAUAGAUGGAAGGGUACCCGUUACUUCAACCCAAUAUUCUAUUAAUAAGAUGAAACUUCAAGUUAAAACCGAAUGGCAUCCUUGGUACCUCAAAGGGGAGGUAGGAGGAUACACACAAGUUUACAAAGGAGAUUUGACAUUUGCGACUAAUUCUAGUGACAGUUUUAUACACAACAUUGCACAAGCUUCUCGGCCUGAACUGAUGCAGAUAUUCAGGAUUGCCGCAUUUUGGGAUGAGUACAAUAAAGGUCCGGUUGACACAAUCAAUAUCAUGAUCACCGAUAAAGAUACCCCUAACAAACUCAUAUAG